AUGGUCAAAAAGAAGCUCAAUCCUCUACACAUCGAUUACCGUAGAGGUAUCAUUGAAAAUUGUUUACAGCAGGUGACCAACAACGCUGGCACUGACGAUCCUCAUUUGAUCAAUGUUUGGACAGUAGAUAUUAGCUGUCAAAAUAGCCGACAAUUCGUUGAGUUCAUACGCAUGAAGGUCCAAGAUGAAGACCCUACAACAUUUCAACAUAUUAAAAGGAUCAAGAAAAGUAAAGCGGAGGGCUUCCUAACUGUGAUUGUUUGCUCGACAUUGAUGAUAGACAACGAAGCAGAAUUCUUGACGCUAAUGGAAUGCGCCCCUUUCAGCUUUCACAGCACCAGUAGGUCAUCUGUAGUACCUGCAGUAGGGCCGUCCACAAAGGAUCUUAGCCUUAAAUGGUCAAAUAUAUACUGGCCGCUUGUUUGGCGAGGAAACCCGAACGAUCAAGUAUUGAAUGAUUAUGUUUUUGACCUGCCCUUUAUCAAGCGCAUCCUGAGUGAAAUAAGCAAACAAGCACGAAAUAGAAUAGGAGAAAGAUCGGGAGGCCUCCCCGUUGUAUCUGCAUUUGUGAAUCCAAAAACAAAAGAGGUCUUUUAUUCUUCAGAUGCUCGUUCAUCUACCUCUCCCCUUGAUCAUAGUAUAAUGAGAGGAAUUACAUCUGUGGCUACUUUGGAGUUAGAGAGAAAGAGCUCACCGAAUGCCAGAUUGCAGGAUGAAACUUAUCUUUGCUUGAAUUUUGAUGUAUAUACAACGCACGAGCCUUGUUCUAUGUGCGCCAUGGCACUUAUACACUCUCGAAUUAAGCGCUGCAUAUUUCUCAAGCGGAUGGAGAACACUGGUUGUCUGGACUGUGGAAGUGGGGAUAGCUAUUGCAUGCAUAGUCACCGUUCGUUAAAUUCGAAGUAUGAGGUUUUUCGAUGGCUUGGGGAAGACUACCCUGUACCGCAGAUAGAUAGUAAUAUAUGCUGUUAG